CUGGGCGCUGGGCGCUGGGAGACGGAGAGAGAAAGCGGCCCGGAUGGUGGAGGUUGCCUAAGGAAGAGGGAAGUCCAAGGUGGAUAAUCGGGGUAAACCGGGCCCCGGGUGUGUUGAAGGCUUAAAAGAUACAACAGCUCAUCAGUCCUGUUGAAGUUUACCGUGUACUGUUGCCUUGCCCUGAAGUAGAUUUCCCCUUUGUCUGCCCACACCAUGGAAGGGGGUUCUUCUGUGCAAGCUAAUCAUGUUUUCCGGGGCAUUGAGUAUAUAGUCACAAUGAUGGUGACUGGAGACGUGUUAGAGGUGGAAGUCGAGGACCGAUUGACAUCUGAGCAGUGGCGAGGAGAAUUCGAGGCUGUUUAUAUUGAAGACGUCACUCACAAAACUGGCAACUUCAAACAGUUCUCAAUCUUUUGCAGUAUGUUGGAGUCAGCUAUCACAAAGAGCAGUGAAUCAGUGACUCUCGACCUGCUGACCUACGCUGACCUGGAGUUAUUGAGAAACCGGAAAGCUGGAGUUCCAAUGAGGCACGCACCACCACCGAAAUCUGGAGCCCUCAAUGUCAAACGUUACCUCAUCCUCAUUUAUUCAGUGGAGUUUGACAGAAUACACUACCCACUGCCACUACCGUACGCAGGAAAGCCAGAUCCAGUUAUUCUCCAGAAGAUCAUUCGAGGCCUCAAAGAGGAACUGGCCACAGUGAGAUUGAAGCAUGGCAAGGACUUCCGUGACACAGAGCUCAGACGCUUGAGAGCAGAGUUCGAGAAGCUGCUGCAGGAGAAACAGGAGCUAGAAGUCAUGAUUCUGCAGCUGCAGGAGCAGAUGAAACUGUCUGGCACUGCGUCUGUAGCCAAAGAGGUAAAAAUACUCAAAAAGAUCAUUCAGAGCCUGGAGGAGGAGCUGAUGAAGGAGAAAACAAAAAAUCAGAGAGCAGCAAAUAAACGGAACCAAGAAUACCGGCAAGUCUUGGAUGAGCUGGAAGACGUAAAGGCUUCAGAACGGAAACUGAAGGUGCGAAUGAAGAACCUGACAACUGAGCUGAAUUUGUAUAAAAGGGGUCGCUUGACUCCAGUGGGACCCUCUCCACAAAACCGAUCAAAUUUAAAUCUCAGCUCCGGCCGCCGUUCUCAGACGAGGACAGACUCAGCCGGCAGAGUUCGGGACGACAGUCAUUUGGCCUCACGGGAAAGAAGCAAACAGUGGUCAGGGUCCCGAGAGAGGGAAAGAUCCACAUCCAGAGAGAGAAGUGGCCAAUGGUCAUCGUUUCGAGAGAGGGAACGGUCUUCCUCUAGAGAGAGCCAGCAAGGAAAUCGUUGCCGUAUCCCCAGACUGUCGCCUUCCCCAGCAGGAACCAGACAACCCCGUUUUGAUCCCACUGCAUAUGUACACAACAAGGAACAGAAGCAGAAGGAGACAGAGCAGAGAAACUUGAGGAAGAUCUACAGGGGCAUGAACCUCCUGACCAGUGAGGAACGAGGAAGGCCGAAAUCCAAGAACUGCUCCCGUGAAGGCAGCGCCAGCAAAGUACAAACCAGUAGUCACAGCCGUGGACGGAGCUCAUCGGCGGAAUUUCACCGGAGCAGAUUCUCCUCGGCAAGCUCACUCAGUGAUUUUGAAGAUAGCAGAGGACAUGCCAAGUCCAGAUUGCAGAGAGGCAGAAAACCUAAACGGCCAUUGGGUUUGGCAUCCUGGAGCAGUCCGAACUUGCCUCAAAGGAAACCAAAAGCUAAGAAACGUUUAGCCAGCACCCCAACUAAACAAAGCAAGGCAUCUGACAAAGAAAAUUAUCUAGACUCGUGCGACCUUUCUGAAAUCGAUGCCAGGCUCAACGCGUUGCAGGAGUACAUGGAGAAGCUUGGUGCACGGACCGAGUGAGCCGAGGAGCAGAUCCUUCAGUCGGGUGCUGUAUGACAAACUGAGGGCACGGGAGGGGGACAGAGGGGGCUGGGUACGAGCGUGUGGACGCAGACACAACAGGCCCCACACCAAUCACACCACCCGUGUAGCCCACGUCGGAAUCAGCCAACCUGCAUGGGCUAAACAGGGCUUCCUUUUCCCAGCCUAGAUGGAAGAACUGAAUGAUUUGAUUUGUUCGCUGUAAAUAGGACUUUUUUAAAAUGGGAUAAGUUUCUGAACAGUUGGUGAGAGUUGUCACCUUUUGUGUGACAAACCUCGUGGCCAAAUGCAACCUGAACACUACAGAAUGCUUAACUGAAAUUAUCUUGUGUCUGGAGCUGGGUUUGAUCAGGUGUAACCAAUUUCUUAACCAGUUGACUAUCCUGCUAGCUCCUCACUUGGGAGAUCACAACCAGUGGCUGGUGAAAAUGGGCUAGCAGAACUUGUCAUGUGAAUACAGAUCAUGGUUCUCCCCAGUAUCCCGUACAAUAUUCAGAGAGCUGAGUAUGAAAUAACUGAGUGCUAGAUUCCCUGGUUGCAAUUCCUAUAUCAGACAAGCACAGACAAUCGAGUGUAACAGGACAGAAGACACAUGGCUGUUCAAUGAAUUAGAUGUUGCCUAGGAAAAGGGAGUCAGUCACUUAGCCCCUUGCUCCUGACUCAUCAUUCGUUAAGACCUUGUCUGAUCUGCAACUGAGCUCCGUAUGCCUUCCUGACACAUAUCCAUGCCUUUGGUCAACAAAACUAAGUCUGAUUCAAAAUUAACAAUGGAUUUAGCUGCUCUCUCUGGAAGCGAGUUCCAAACUUCUUACUAUCAUCAUCACUUUCUUUGCCUAUUGUUUCAUGAUUUUAUCUCUCCUGCUGUCUGACCUUCUGUUUGUUCUACAGUCCCACCUACAGCAUAAAACCCACCCCAUUUCUACCUUCCUUUUGCUCUGAAGAGGAAUCGCACUCCACCCUCAAAGUUGACUCUGUUUCUCUCUCCACAUGCUGCCAGACCUGCUGAGUUUCUCUGGCACCUUGUUUUCAUUUCUGUCGCACUUCAUCUGUGGAAGUGUUUCGUAAUUCCACUCCUGAAAGGUCUGGAUACAGUGCCAUAAAAUAAAACAGAAAGCGGGAAACUUUGACGAUUUCAGUUAAUUCACGUAACAAGGCUAUUGUUAAGUACGUGGGAAGGGGCAACAGUAGGCCAUUCAGCCCUUCGAGCCUGCUCUGCCAUUCUAGAUUAUGGCUGAUAUACCUCAAAGCUAUUUUCCCACAUUACUCCAUAUGCCUUCAUAUCAUUAGUUUUUUGAAAUCUGUCGAUUUCUGUCUUAAGUGUCCAAGCCUCCCCAACCUGUGGGGUCACUAAUUCCAAAGAUUCACCACCCUGUGAGCAAAUAAAUUCCCCUUUUCUCCCUUACUCUGACUAGCUGUGGGCCUGUCUCGAACAAGGGCGCUCAGUGAAACUCCUUUCUGCAUCCACACAGUUGAGUUCUUAAGAAUUUUGUGAGUUUCAGUGAGAUCACCUGUCUAAACUCUGAAGAAUACAGGCCUAAUCUCUCCUUUUAUAAAUUACGACCAUUUGAUCAGAACGAGUUUUUUGUCCUUGUUUUAGUAUCAAAUUAUUUCAUGUUUCCAACACUUUACCUUCUCCAUCUACAAGUUCAUUUUUGAAGAAUUCCAGAAUAUCACUUCAAAAUUUACCUGUAGCGGUUUCCACUGAUUCCUGUUAAGAAUGGAAUAAGAACUUGAUUAGCCAUUUGGCCCCAUUCAGUAGGAUCGUGGCUAAUCCAACACUCGUGUCUACAUUCCUGCCCUACCCCCAUAACCCUUGAUUUCCCCUACUGAUCAAGAAUCUAUCUAUCUCAGCCUUAAAGCUGCAAUUUAAGUAAUAUUUGGCAUUUAGCCUUUUCUAUUCCCUUAAACUUUCUUUCUGUGACGCACUGAGAUUACCGGUCAAGAUUUUUUGGUCAACCCAGACCUUUCACUCUUAAUCAGGUGCAUGAUUUCUAAAGCGAAUUUGCCUGAAUGCUGUCUGUAUUUGUAGAUCAUGCAGCUUUCUCUUUGGUUCUAUUUUCUGUUUCAUCAAACCAGUCGCACGGCAACACUUGAGAAAUCUUUGCAGUUUUUAUCUUGUCUGUGACUUUCAAAUGACCCUCCCCUGUGCUGCUUGUGUAAUGGUGACUGGAGAAUUGCAAACUGACCAGCUACUGUGGAUUUUGACCUAAUUGGUUCAUGUCCUAUUUUUAAACUUGUGCUUUUAUUAAUUUUUUAAAAUUUAUUUUUGAGGUAAAUGUAGUGGCAGACUGGAUGUAAUUCAAGAGGAAGAUGUGCUGGUGGGAAAAUUUGUGGUGUCUUGUGAAAGCUGGUUCUGAAUUAUCAGCUCAGGGAGCAGGAUGAGGCCAUUCGGCCCCUUGAGCCUGCUCCACCAUACAGUAAGAUUGUGGCUGAUCUUAUCAAGUCAUAAGUUCUACUUUCCUGCCUACCUCCUAAUCUAUUCUUAAAAAUCCAUCUAACUCCGCCUUAACUAAAUUCAGUGAUCUGGCCUUUGCAGUUCUCUGGGGUUGGCCUGGGAUGUGUUGAGGCCACCCCUGGGUGAGUAAAACUUAUAACCGUGCCACAGCUUAUGCUGUGACUUAUGCGUGCAAACACCACUAGUGCUUCUUUUUUUUCCCCUUCCAGUGGGUAAAUUCUCAUGUGUCGAUGCAAUGCUUCAGACUUUCUUCCUGAUUAGUUUGAGGGAUCUACUUAUUUAUUUUAAUUUUUUUUUAUGUGUUGGUUUGGGUUCAGGUGAGCUCAGUCCUAGUUAGUUGUCAUUCUUUUUGUCACUGUUAGCUAAAACCAUGCUGUCGAGGGUAGCAGGAGUCUUUUGUCAUACUGUGCUGUUGCGUUUUACCAGUUCUGUGCUGAGCUGAGCUGGACAGAGAGCUGUAACUCAUGUCAUACACAUGGACAACUCAGUCAUCUCCUUGCUGUCGCUCUCCUACAGCUUGAGACGGGGCACAGUAGUUCCAGUCUCGAAGUUAAAAACCAAAAAGGCUCCAAGACUGACAGUGCAGCUGACACAUUUUUGACUAUUCGGUUUUAGAUACCUUUGAUAUCAGAAUUGGAGUUCGGGCUGAUUUUCACCAAGGCAGCUUUAACCUUAUAGAAAGGAUUGUUUUGUACUUGCUGAGUGCAAGUAGUGCACAGUUACUCUAAAGCUGGCACAUUAGAGUAUGAGAGGUGGAAGAUGUUUAUUUUAGUUGUAGGUUUAAUGACCCUGCUUGCAGUCAUAACUAAACUGCUUCUAAUUUCAAGUUCGGCAUUAAUUCCUGCAGCUGUUCCUUAACCCAUCCCUGCCAUGGCACCAACAACAAAGAAUGGUACAAGGAUUUGGCAGACAGCUACAAUUUACUGUUGUCUUAAGUGUGUACUGUAGGUGACCCUACUGUUGCCACUCGUAGCUUCAUUAUAUUCAAGUUUUAAACAAAUCACACUGUCAUCAAUAGAUUUUAUUUAUGAUUUUACAAUUGUUUUGUAAAUAAAUCUUUUAUUGAA